UGGUCAGCCCCACUACCCUCGUCAUCACUACACAGGAAGUGUGUUCCGGGAGAAGCGUCGUGCCGCGCCGAGCUUUUCAGCGAUUUUGGAUCAAUCUGAGCGAUCAGAAGCGAUUACUAGCGACUCCGCGUCUCGUUCCGCGUGUGUUUGAGUCAUGGUCGGGGUGAAGGUGAUCGGGAAUGACUCAGAGUUCCAGGCGGAGCUGAGCGGCGCCGGAUCCAGACUGACCGUGGUGAAGUUCACCAUGAGCGGCUGUCGUCCUUGUGUCAGAAUAGCUCCAGCGUUCAACAUGUUGAGCAACAAAUAUCCUCAGGUUGUGUUUCUGGAAGUUGACGUCCAUGUUUGUCAGGCAACAGCUGCAGCCAAUAACAUCUCAGCGACGCCGACGUUCCUGUUCUUCCGAAACAAAGUGCGUUUGGACCAGUAUCAGGGCGCGGAUGCUUCGGGUCUGGAGGAGAAGAUCAAGCAGCACGUGGAGAACGAUCCUGGGAGCAACGAGGACUCGGAUAUUCCCAAAGGAUAUGUGAGUGUGUGUGUGUGUGUGUGUGUGUGUGUGUAUAUAUGAG